AUGCUGAACCAUAUGCCCCUCUCCGGGUGUGAUGGCGUACCUGUCAUAGCAGGCUGGAUCGCAUUGAUCUGGUACACCUUCAUCCAGGGAGUUUGCGCCUUGGGCUAUUUCCAGAUAUGGAAAUACUUCCUCAUCCAACCCUCAAAGCCCCAAGUGACGGCCAAUACACCACACGUCACCGCCAUUCGACCCGUUAAAGGCCUCGAACCACACCUCUACGACUGUCUCUCCGCAACAUUCACGCAAGAUUACCCGCGCGACAAACUCACCAUCUGCCUCUGUGUCUCGACACGCAAUGACUCAGCCUACCCGACCCUCCGAAAACUGGUCGCUGAUUUCCCGCACAUCGACGCGCGCGUCCUCAUCGAAGAAGAGGACCCCCUCUUACAAGAUGAAUCUGGAUACAGUCUCGGUCCGAACCCGAAGAUCCGGAAUAUGAGCCGGGCAUACCGUGAGGCAAAGGGUGAUAUUGUCUGGAUCAUCGAUUGCAAUGUCUGGGUUGGGAAGGGCGUUUGUGCUCGCAUGGUGGAUAGGUUAUGUGGGACUGGCGCAACACCAGGGAAAAAGUACAAAUUCGUGCAUCACUUGCCUGUGGCGGUGGAUGUGACGGGAGAGAAUAAUCUCCAGGAAGAGCGGGCGCUACUGGACACCAGUGCGCAGAUAUCAAAUGACGAUGCGGUACCUGUGCGUCCGGAGGAUGGGCCUGCGGCUAUGAUCUCGGCAGGAGGAGGUCGUCUGGAAGAGCUGUUCUUGUCUUCUGCCCAUGCGAAGAUGUAUACCGCCAUCAAUACUGUUCUGGUUGCGCCCUGCAUUGUGGGCAAAUCCAAUAUGUUCCGGCGGUCACAUCUGGACUACCUGACCAGUUCGCCUGAGGGCGCGACUCGGCAUCCGGGGAUUGAUUUCUUCUCUGAUAAUAUCUGCGAAGACCAUCUGAUUGGUGAUCUACUUUGGAAAAAGCAGGUACGAGAAGAAAAAGAGCUCCAAGAGCACUGGGGGAAACAUGCCAUGGUUUUCGGUGAUUUGGCUAUCCAGCCUGUCGCCAACAUGAGUGUGCCGGCAUACAUUGCCCGCCGGGUUCGGUGGCUGCGCGUCCGUAAAUUCACUGUCUUACUUGCCACCCUUGUCGAGCCAGGCACUGAAUCCCUUCUUUGUACGAUUUACGGUGCGUUCGGCAUCACUACUGCAUUGGCACCGCAUCUGGAAAAGAAGGGUAUUCAAUUUGCUUCGCAGAUUGGAUCAUGGACCGCUUUCUUCACGCUCUUUGCUUUUGGCAUGUUCUUUUGGAUCCUGGUCGACUGGACCUUGUAUGUCAAGCUGCAUUCCGCGAGAUGCAUCGAAGUAGAUAAGGAUACCCCGUCCUUCGCGCGUCCCCAGCAGUACCGAUCCCAAACCACACGACGCCCAUUCAGACAGUGGUUUGCCGCGUGGCUGGGUCGCGAGCUGCUCGCUCUGCCAAUCUGGGUUAUGGCCGUGUACGGCGGUGUGACAGUCGUCUGGCGAGACCGACGAUUCAAAGUUGGCUUUGAUGCCAAAGUCCGGGAAAUCGACCCUGCCACCGCACCCGUGGGAGGUCCCGUAGCAGGCAAAGUCCGCAGUGAUUGA